AAGAAGCUCAGUUGACUUUAGGCGUCAGGUCCCUCACAGGAGGUCUCAUUAGUUGUUUUUUUUUUUUUUUCCGGUUUUUUUUGGACCCUUCACCCACAGACCCCUCACACUCAGGAUGUCUCCGUCCACGUCCCCGCGGUUCUUCACCGAGAGGGAGGUGGCCCGCCACUGCACCAAGGACUCCUGCUGGGUGCUGCUGGGGACCAGAGUUUACGACGUUACGACCUUCUUGCGAAUGCACCCGGGCGGCGAGGCGCUGAUACGGAGCCGCGCGGGGAAGGACCUCACCCGGGAGAUGGAGGGACCGCCGCACCGGCACUCCGAGAACGCCAGGCGGUGGUUGGAGCAGUACUACAUUGGGGAAGUGGACCGGGAGAGCGGCGCAGAAGAGGUACAGACUCUGAGGGAGAGAAGAAAAGCCAAUGAAGGGACAGAAGAAAAGUCUGCAGAUAAAAACAACAAGUUGCAAGAAGAGGAUGAAGACUCUCCUCACAAGCUCUGCAGCUCUGUGGAUCUAGACAAGGACCUAGUGGACUGGAGGAAGCCCCUAGCCUGGCAGGUCGGCCACCUGAGAGAGAAAUAUGAUGCAUGGGUUCAUCAGCCAGUCGACAGACCCAUCCGACUGUUUGGGAACCCGUUCAUGGAAGCUGCAACCAAAACUUCCUGGUACUGGGUCCCUGUGGUCUGGCUUCCCAUUGUCUUCUAUCUUUGCUGGCACUGCUACACCACCCUGGCACAGGGCACCACACGGCUGGAGCUUAGCUCAGAGUUCUCCAUCCCGAUCCAUAAGUACAUGUUCCCAUUCCUUUUUCUGUUGGGUUGGUCCCUGUGGACGUUCAUCGAGUACUGCAUCCACCGCUUCGUCUUCCACAUGAAACCGCCGGCUCAUAACUACUACCUCAUUACGCUGCACUUCCUUCUGCACGGCCAGCACCAUAAGUCUCCAUUUGAUGGCUCUCGGCUCGUCUUUCCUCCUGGCUUGGCCUCCAUAGUAGUGGGGAUGUUCUACAUGACGCUGUGUAAGAUGCUGCCGCAGACCCUUGGCGUGUCUGUGUUUGUUGGUGGGCUAUGCGGCUACGUCGUGUACGACAUGAUCCACUACUACCUUCACUAUGGCUCGCCAAAGAAAGGCUCGUACCUUUAUGGCCUGAAGGCUUACCACGUCAAACAUCACUUUGAGCACCAGAGAUCAGGUUUUGGAAUCACAACCACAUUCUGGGAUCAUCCCUUCAACACAGCCAUCCCAGAUGAGAAAUUCUAACCUACCUUCGGCUCUUCUGAAAGGGCCUCUGGACUUAUCAGCCUCCCUAAUUAGUGACCCGUCCACCUGUUUUACCCCCCGGCUGUUUAAGCACUGCAACAGCCGACUCAUCCAUAUCGCUUUAACACAAUAAAUUUUCUUCAGAUCAUUCAUACCUGUGUGAGGACCAGCCUGCUCGGAUCUCACUUUGAUUGUUUUUGCACUUUUGGUGCCAUUAUUAAUCAACAGACGGAUGCUUCAUGAUACAGACCCUGUCAGCUAAACGUUGACCAGAUUAGCAGCUAGAAUAUUCACCAAGCUUACUGUGGAAAUCAUUUGUAAUAAACAUGCAAACAGACUGAAAUGCACACAUGCUAAAGCGCAGAGGGGGAAAAGGAAGUGGCAGAUGGUGGGUGGAUGUGGCAACAGGUGUGUGAGCAUCAACGAAUCAUUGUCCCUGUUAAAGCAACUCAGGAAAAAUCACUUUGAAUGUUUGUUGUUCUCCCUUUAAGGAGACCAACUCACCAAAGCACCUGCGAACACAAAAUCUUUGUUUUCAGAUAUCUUGAUCCAGUCAGGCUUUAAUUUAUUAAACAUCUGAGUUCGGUUCUACUGUAAUUUGAGAUGCUGCUCCAGAUGUUUGAAACAUGCACAUAUUUCUGCUGUGAUAUUCCCUGUUUUCUUUUCCUCCCUGUUUGAUUUCAUAAUGUACAAAAAUAGUCUUUAUUUUUAGAAUGUUUUGUACAAAAGAGGAGAUGCUUUCAUUGUAUGAGAUCAGAUGUCUGUGAAUCGGUGGGAUGGAUUAAAGGAGGAACAAUGUAAGGUGUCAGAGGGAUGGAGCUGAAGGAAUGAAGCACAGCUGUUGGACGUACUGCUGUAGGGAUCUGGGGAUCAACGGUUACAGAAAAUUACUCUCAGAAACAGACUGGAAAAGGGAGACAAAGGCCUCUGGUUGGUUGUUGCUCAAAUUUAAGUAAGGUGAGGAGAGCAAUGGUUGACCUUCUCAAUAAACCUCAACAGUAGAAAGCAGUUUGUAGUAAGAGCAGCAGCUACUGCCAUCUAGAGGUGACUGGUGGGACUAAUGUUUACUAACUAUUUAACAGAGAGAAGCCCAACAGGAGCUUUUUCAGUUAUUGUGACAAAUCUGCAUAGAGAAAUAAUGCCUGCAGCUUUAUAUCUUUAACCCACGGCUCAGACUCUGUAGGCAUCAUUCCUACAAAUCCCAUCAGGUUUCAUAGUCUUGACCUUCAAAGAUCAUUGUGGAUGAAAACCUUAGGGAAAAAAAAACAAAACAAGGUGUCCACCUGCUUCAAAUAUUGAUAUUUGUGUAAAAAAAAAAAAAUGUAAACAACCACUUUAUGUCCAUGUUUUUUCUUCAGUCUGUCUCUGAGCUGUUUUGUUUUAAUGGUUCCACCUGGGUGUGAAGCUGCCUGCUUAUCUGACCCUCAGGUCCCUGCAGAGGGUGAUAAUUGAACUAUUUGACUCGACAGCAGGACGUCCUGACAGCUGCCAGCUGAUCUUCAGCAGAUUCCCACAAGCACACCUAAGAAAGGAGAACCGAUAACUUUAAGCAGAACAAACAUAAACCAAUAACACGCAGAAAUCUCCUGCAUAACUUCAUUUUAAUCAGCUUCAGUACAGAUUAGGCUCACAGGCACAAGUGUAUAAAACAAACAUAUUUUAGGUAACCAUAGGUUAUGAUGAGUUGCAUUUUUCAGUAAAAAUUAUAGUUAAACAGAGGGGGUGUGGCCGUUUGGACAACAACCAGGGAGCGGAAAAGAACGAGUUCUAACUGAUCCGUUAAUGUGUUGUUUUGUCAACAAUUAAUUUAAAACCAAAAUGCUGUUUUCUUAUAAAUAGCUAAAAAAUGUCAUGAUAUAAUAACUAAAGAGCUGAUUUAAACUCACACCCUGCUCAUCAGAAGGGUUUUUUUCAAAACCAGGGGACCAAAAAAUUUAUAAGAAUUUUCUAUCAUCUAUAAUUUUAGAGUUAAUAAAAGAAAGAUAAUGAGAAAUAUUUCCAUUUGUUGGAAAAAGAGAUAUAGUGAUUUAUGUACAUUUAUGUGAAAAAGAAAACUCUUAUUCUCACCUGUAAACUUCUUUGUGCUAAAUAAUGCAACAUAAAUAAUUAUAUUUCCAGAAUCUGUUUACUUUGUCAAGUUUUAUUUUGGAAUUUCUAUGCAAUG